AUGGACACCGGAUUGUCUGUAGAAUUGAUCGACAUGGCCAUCACCCCGGAGGAAUUCUUCGUGGAGGGUCUCAUAGAGCAGUCACCACCGUCUCCUUCCAUCUUCCUUCACGUUUCAAUGAAGCCUGAUGGCAGGAGCGAGGGCGACCACGAUGCCCCUAGAGACAUGAUUCUCCCUUACAUCUCACGCGUGCUGAUGGAGGAUGACAUUGAUGAUAAGAUCUCCGAUCACCCUAGGCUACUCCAGGUGCAGCAGCCCUUUGCUCAAAUUCUCUCCUCCCCUUCCUUUGGCGCUAACACUGACAACACAGCUAAUAGUAGUGGUGAAAAUGCACUCGACUCAGCCUUAUCCAAGGGUGCAGGUGUGGUGAGGGCAUUCUUGAAGGGCAUGGAAGAAGCAAACAUGCUAUUGCCCAAAGACAAUGGGGUCAAUGAAAGCAGCAGUAAGAGUGGAGUCAAGAAGAGGUAUAAUAGCGAUGAACAUCUAGAGGAGGAGGAGGAGGUAAGAAGGACUAGGAAAUCUGUUGUGAUGAUCAAGGAGCCUGAGGAUAUUUGUGCCCAUGAGAUGUUAGACGAUAUGAUGUUGCGUAGCGAUGAGACAUACAUCAGAGGCAUGGAGAAGCUGCGCAUUGCCAUGGCCAAAGAAGUAGAGAAAAGUAGCAGGAAGGGCGUUCGAAAGGCGGUGAGGAAUUUGCUGGACAUACACGAAUUAUUGACCCUUUGUGCGCAAGCAGUGGCGACAAACGAUCGCAGGAGAGCACAUGAGCUGCUUAAGCAGAUUAAGCAACAUGCUUCAGAAACAGGGGAUGCCACGCAACGGCUAGCUCAAUGUUUUGCCAAGGGGCUAGAGGCAAGGUUAGUGGGCACGGGAAGCCAGCUUUCACAGUUUCUAAUGGAAGAUCAUCUCUCAAUAGUGGAGUUCCUCAAGGCCUACAACCUCUACAUGGCAGCCUGUUGCUUCAACAAUGUGUUGCUAAUUUUUUCCAGAAUGACCAUCAUGCAGGCCAUGGUGGGUAAGAGAAGACUGCACAUCGUGGACUAUGGUAUGCGUCAUUGGUUCCAUUGGGCAGGCUUGCUCCACUUGCUGGCGACUAGGGAAGGCGGCCCGCCGGAGGUGAAGAUCACUGCCAUAGGCCACCCACAUCUCCGGCCUUGUCCAGCUGAGCAGGUUGAGGAGAUAGGGUGUCGGCUCACCAAGUGCGCCCACAAGUUUGGCGUGCCAUUCAAUUUCCAUGCCAUGAGGAAAAACUGGGAUGCAGUUUGCAUCGAGGACUUGAACACAGACACGGAAGAGGUGCUCAUAGUGAAUGACCACUUUAACUUCAGCUCCUUAAUGGACGAGAGCAUAUUCUUUGAUGACCCAAAUCCCAAGGACACCGUCCUCCACAACAUCAGGAAGAUGAGGCCCCAUGUCUUCAUCCAGAGCAUUUUGAACUGUUCAUAUGGUUCCUCCUACCUAUCACGGUUUCGUGAGGUGUUGUUCUAUUACACGGCAAUCUUUGACAUGUUUGAUGCAACCAUGCCACGGGAGAGUAAAUCACGAGUGGUGCUAGAGCAGGGCUUGUUUGGACGGUAUGCACUGAAUAUCAUUGCUUGUGAGGGUGUGGACCUGGUGGAACGUCCUGAAAGGUAUAGACAGUGGCAGGCGAGAAACCAACGGGCUGGGCUGAGGAAGUUGCCACUGGAACCAAACAUUGUUAAGGUACUCAAGGACAAGGUCAGGAGUUGCCACCACAAGGACUUUUUUAUUUGUGAAGAUGACCAAUGGCUGCUGCAAGGGUGGAUGGGGCGCAUCCUCUUCGCCCAGUCGACAUGGGUAGCUGAAGGCGCCUCUUUGGGAUAG